AUGAACUUGAACGCGAUCCGAAAGCUCGUCAGCGGGAACAAGACCCGGCUGAAGGACGCCCAGGUCGGCGUCGAGCUCGACCUGUGCUACCUCACCCCCCAGAUCAUCCUGAUGGGCUUCCCGGCCAGCGGGAUCGAGACCCUCUACAGGAACUCCCGCAAGCAGGUCAAGCGCUGGCUCGAGGCCCGCCACGCGCUCGCCUACCGCAUCUACAACUUCUGUCCGCUCACCGAGAACGGCUACGACAGCGCAUACUUCCACCACCAGGUCCACCGCUUCCCGUUCCCCGACCACCAUCCGCCUCCGCUCUCGAUGAUCCCCCUCUUCGUCGCAGACAUGGCGGCGUUCCUGGCCGGGUCGAGCGCGAACGUGGCCGUCAUCCACUGCAAAGCGGGCAAGGGCCGUUCGGGGACGAUGUCGAUCUCGUAUCUCAUGACGCUGGACGCCGUGCCCGAGGACGCUGCGCCGGCCCGGCCCGGCCCCGCGCCCGCCGAGGCCCCGAAGCCGCGCCCGCCCGAGCUCGUCGCUCCGGCGUAUCCGCCGCCGAAAGCCGCCCCGUCGGCCACUGCGCCCUAUGCAGGCGUGAUCGUGGCCAAUCGAGCGACGAUCGCAGACGCGCUGAUCGAUCUCCCGGCUGAAGGCCAUGACGCGGAUGGGCGGUUGCAGCUUGGCGAUGCGGAGGGCCGGGGUGGUAUAGCGACGCCGGACGCGGGCGACGCGGAUAAGACGCCGACGGUGCCGGCGGAGGGCCCGACGUUUGGCCCCGCGCCGGCGACGAACGGGGCGCGAAUGCGCGCGCGGAUCGGGGCCCUACUGCGGUACCACACGGCGCGGCGGAUGGCGGACCCGAGCGCGAGCCGGGACGGCGUGAGCAUUCCGUCCCAGCGCCGCUGGCUCGAGUACUGGGGCGCGGUGCUCGCCGGGAACGACGCCCGGCGGUUCCUUGACCAGCCGGCGCCGAAGCAUGUCGUGAUCAAGUGGAUCAAGAUCCGGCUCACCCCGUCCGAACAUUACCUCAAUCUGGUCUCCUUCAACACCAAGAUCGCUGUCCAGCUGGCGCACUACAAGAGCUCGUACAUCGACCGCAUCGAGCGUGCCGAGCAGGCCCUGCACCGGACGAACGGGUUCCCGAGGGCCCAGUUCCUGGCCCCUUCGAGCGGCAGCAGUCCUGCAGCCCAUCCGGGCCCGGCCGAUGCUGCGCAGAGCCCGGGCGCACACGCGCCGGACUCCGAGUGGCAGGACGGGUCGGCCCUGGUCGUCAAGUUCGCCUCCUUCGGCCAGCGCCCCGCCCCCCCGUCGUCCGCGUCUUCGGCCGACGCUUCAGUGUUCGACGGGUCGUCGUCGGUCGGGACGCACUCGAGCACGACCAGCGGCCGGCCGGGCAGUGUGUCUACGGAUAUGGGGCCCGGCGAGGCAGUCUGGCCAGCCCGUCGGGCGGCGGAUGACGAAGAAGACGGGAGCUCGCGCCUGCUGACGCCCGUGCGACUGUACCCGAGCCCCGAGUCGGCGACGAGUGCGAGGGGGCUGGCGAGGAAGGCGAAGGGCCGGGCGGCGAUCGACGCGCUGGGCGGGGUCCGGCUGGACGCGACGCGGGAGGUCCAAUGCAAGUUCGUGGUCGGGUCGACGGGCUCGAAGCACGCGUCCCUGAUGACCGACGUCGUCUCGCUGGGCUAUCUCUGGUUCAUCCCCGCGUUCCACGCCAACGACCCCGCGUCGCCCGCCCAUCCCAGACAGCCCUCGGCCUCCUCCUCCGCCGCAUCCGCCGCCGUCCCCGACGCCUCGUCGAGCUCAACAAGCUCCUUCGACCCUCACCACCACCACCAUCAUCAUCAUCAUCAGGGAGAACACAUCACGACCUUCGACAACCAUCAGAUCGACUUCUGCCAUCUCAAUCUCCUCUCCAAUGUCCAGAUCUGCUGGCACUUCUCCCCCUGA